UUAGUUUGUAAGGUUUAGAGAAUUAAACGCUGUCAUUUCUGCUACUUUCUAACAAUGGAAGGGAAAGAAACGACGUCAGUGUUUUUCCAAAUAUCUCAUUUUCUUGCUGCAAUUUAUUUUGCGUUAUCAGCAUAUGUGCAGACCAAUGACCCCGACCCUGAAAUUUGGAUUCCGAUAUACCUUCUGCCAGCCACAAUUGCAUUGUGUACUGCAGCAAAACCGAGCUUUACAGAGUUUUCAGUAGUGAGUAAACUAAAUGAUUUAAUCGUGAUGGGCUGUUGUAUAUACGGAGGAUUCAUUUUGGACUCGUCAUAUAAAUUUGAAGAAAAUAUUUUCCACUGGGUUGUACAUGAUGAAGCUGGACGUGAAUUUGGAGGACUUCUUGUUAUUUGCUUGUGGACAAUCUGUAUGCAUGGUUCCUCCACAACUCGAACGAAAAGAAGUUUGUUAUUUCUAUGUAUUAUUGUUCUCUCUCCUGCCCUCUUAUGGGUGUAUAUUUACAUGAAUAAAUCUUUCCGAAGUUUGUGGCCAAAGCAUUGUCAAACUGCCCUCUAUCCAGACCUUGUAUCAAAAGCAGAGCUUUAGUUUUGGAUUCAUUUAAAAUUUGUGAUCAUGCCAUAAAAUAAUUUGUGCAAUAGUUAUUUUGAAUAAGUUUCUGUUAAAACAGAUAAUAAAAUAACAGCUUUUUUCUUGCAUUGCAAAUAAAAGGGUUAUGUUUAAAAAAGAUUAUUUUUCAUUUGUAAAACACAAAAAAGUUUACAAAUUGGUAAAUCUACUUUUCAUAUGAACUUGUCUUAAUUCUUAAAAUCACUUGCCAAUUUUUUUCAAUUACCUGUGCCUUUUUCAUUAACUAGUGAAAACUUUUUACGAAUUUCUUCAAGUCUACUAAUUGUGAUCAUUAAAAAUGCAAUGUUAAUGAAAUUUUUCAGAAAAUCUUGUAAUUUUUUUCCGUUUGAAUUUGUAGGGUAUGAACAAUACUGUCAUUUAAAUACCUUUAGCAGGCUAAACUAAUGCAAUUCCCAAAAUCUUGACUCUAACACCUGUAUAUAUAGCCCUAACCAAUUAAAAACUGUGUAUGUGUAUUCUAAAUGCAUUUGGGUAGGGUCCAGCUAUGUAGCACCUAUGGAACUGGGGGUUCAGCACAAAACAUAUAUGCGAUUACUCCAUAAGUACACAUAUUGUUGAUUUUUGAUAUUUUAGCUUGUGUUACAGUUAGCAUCAAAUGUCAUUGAAUUUAAAGAGCUGUGGAACAUUUUACACGAGUUUUAAUUGUAUAUAAAAACUUUGCAGUAUGUUGCAGAUAUUGCCAAAAUCUCGGUAUUUAAUUUCUUGUUUUAUACUUUGUAAAGUCUUCAAUGAUGUUCACAAUACAUAAAAAAAAAAAAAA